GUAUUACGAGCAUAUUAUACCAUCGUGACGAGCGGAGCGGUGUCGAGUCGAUCAACCAUGAAUCGCGCUGCGCUGUGCGCAGCUCUCCUGAUUCUUGGUAUGGCUUCGGUCAACGAGGCCAUCCGGUGCCGAUUGCCGCAGAUACGUGAAGGCGAAUGGGUGCUCGGCGCAGACGGCAGACAGUGCACAUCGGUGGUGAAAAAGCUAUGCGACGGACAUGGUCAACCACACAACGGCCGACUGGCGGCGCGGCGCGCACGUAAGAAGCGACUGCGAAGGGGCCAGAAGGAUCGAAAGAUCUCACCGCUAUCGCUACAUUUCGGGCGGCUAACAACAGGUACGAGGGACACGCGGCCAUCUUUGAAUCCUGCGACGAGGACGGCAUCUGGGCGUUCGACCAAUGGAACGAGGCCAACAAAUAUUUUAAGAGGCGCAAGAUUCCAUACGGAUACGAAAAACCCGAGUACGAUGGCAACAACUUCUACGUAAUCGAGCUGCCGUGAGCGAGCUCAGAUUUCGACUCGUCAGAGCUGGAAGCGGUGCUGCCUGCUUGUACUCCCUUAUCAGACUAAAUAAAAUCGUGUACUCG